UAUUAUUAGAGAUUUGUCAACGUCAAUAUAAAUGCACAUUUUCUCUGCGCCAACUUCAUUAUUCAUCUUCCUCAAGUCAAGCUCCAUAACAAUGUCUCAGUCGCAGCCGUCAGGCGUCAGGCAAACGAAAAUCUCUCCACCUCUGAUAACCGCAAGCGCCAUCGAUAUGGAGCUAAAAGGGCACCAUCAUUCUGUAGGACGCUACGGAGGUUAUCCUGGUUUGAAUUGCAGUGCUUGCGAUCGGUCGUAUGAUCCCAAUGGCUUUGGAUGCUAUGAAUGCGACUUUAGAGUUCACACGAAAUGUGCUUUUGUGUUCAACAUACAAGACACACUAUCCGAGCACCCUGCUCAUGAUGGACAUGAUGUUAAGCUUCUCACAACGGGGGCUCCUGAUCACACCGACCCGAAAUGCCAUUUAUGCGGUAAAAACACUAAGCGCCUCCUUUUUCAUUGUUCCACAUGUAAUAUUAAUAUGGACAUCGACUGCAUGGUCGAAGCCAUGUGUUCCCGAGCCAAUCUGAAUCUGAAUAUGCCGUGGCACUAUCAUCCUCUACUCAUGCUUGAUGUUGGUAAACAUAUGCUCUGCGCACUUUGUGGUAAGCCCGGCGAAUAUGGCUACUGCUGCCCUCGUUGUAGGUUGAUGGUUCAUGAGAAAUGCGCCUCCCUGUUUGACUCACCAGUGAUCACUAAUCAUCCUUUACAUGCCAGACACUCUCUCAAGCUUCUCACCCAAGGACCUCCAGACUACACAGAUCCAGUAUGUCAUGUGUGUGGAAAACAUCCUGGGAACUUUCUUUACCAUUGCGAUAUUUGCAAGUUCAACGUGGAUAUGGUUUGUGCUAUUGAAUCCCACCAGCAGCAUAUAUUGACACCGGUUGCUCUUUCAAAUAUGAAAGUCCAUGAGCACAAACUCACACUUAUCCCGAGAUUGAUCUCCUUCGUUUGCGAUGCUUGUGGGGAGAAAGGCGACCGUUCUCCAUAUGUUUGUCUUGAAUGUGAGCUCAUGUUCUUCCAUCAGGAGUGUGCUCGUUUGCCACAUGUUAUUCAGGUCAAUCGCCAUGAUCACCGCGUUUCUUACACGUAUCCUCUUGGUCCUGGAGAGUGGAAGUGUGAGGUUUGUUUGGAAGAGAUUGAUUGGUCAUAUGGGGCUUAUACUUGUUCCAUAUGUCCUAGUUAUGCUCUUCAUUCAAAAUGUGCAACAAAGAGAGACGUGUGGGAUGGGAUAGAGCUUGAUGGAGUACCUGAAGAAGACGUUGAAGAUAUCGAGCCAUUCAAGGUGAAUGAUGACAACACAAUCACUCAUUUCGCUCAUGAACAUGCCAUGACCCUCAACAAAGGCGGUAUUGCUUUGGAGGAAAUCAUCUUGUGUGGAGCAUGUGUUCGUCCUAUCGGUUCUUACACAUUUUAUAACUGUUCAGAUUGCAGCUUCGUUCUCCACGAGACGUGCGCUAAUCUUCCAAAGAAGAAACGGCAUUUCCUAAGCCCAAAACUUCUCACUCUUUGCCUUAGUAGAGAUAACGCCAAUAGUAGUUGCUAUGCUUGUGUUCAGAUGUGCUGCGAUGGAUUCAUGUAUAUUGAUGGAGAUGGGCGCCGGUUUGACUUACUAUGCAGUUCGAUCACUCUGCCAUUUAUCCAUGGAAGCCAUCCUCAUCCUUUACUCUUUCACGAUGUUCGUGGCUCUAUGAGUAAGCGCUGCCAGAAUUGCCGCGGCGGUGGACAACGCAUCCUUGGCUGUGUCAAAUGCAAUUAUUAUUUGGAUUUCCGUUGCGCAACUCUGCCAUUAACUGUAAGUCUUCACAGGUAUUACGAGCAUCCGCUUACUCUUUGUUACGGUGAAAAGGCAAGUGGCAAGUGCAAGUACUGGUGUGAUAUCUGCGAAGGAGAAACAGAUCAAGAGAAGUGGUUCUACACCUCUGAUUGUGGAGCCACUCUGCAUGUUUACUGUGUGCUUGGGCAUGUCAGGUAUCCCAAACCAGGAGGGAAGAGCAGAGACGACCUCGAGUUGGUGUUUAACAACAAAUCUACACGACCACUUUGCAACAACUGUCAUUUUCGUUGCCCAGCUCCUUUCUUCAUUGUUAUAGAGAAGGAAUUAUAUUGUUCUUAUUAUUGUUUCCUACGUACUCAAAUGAAGGCUUCCUCGAUUGGCGGUGCUGCUAUACGUCCUCCAUGGGUAGAUAGUGCCGAUAUGCACUGGUAA